AUGACAUGGGCGCUAUGGGAGUCUGUACACAACUGGUCACCAUUCGAGAUAGACGCCCUCGGUCUAGUCACCCUCCUUGGGGCAGACGAGGUCAACGGUGCCGUAGGGCGCCUCGUCAAAAACGCCUACCUUGAGUAUUUACCAAUACUCGGGGCGUUCGUCAUUGCGGGCAACCAAAUUACCAACAAGGCUGCGGGUUGGCAUCUCUACAACAUCUCGCAAGGUAUCCAUACGACUGAUUUGUCCGCCUGGUUGACAAGAUGGAUGUUGUCUCAAGAUUUCGAAACCACUCGAAGCUUCGUGAUAUGGAAGGUCACUCCCCCGAGGUCAAAGUGGAAGGAUACCAUCAUCGCGUUGCUUAUCAGCCUCAUUUUCAAUGGAUUUCUGAUUGCCUUGACCAUUUUAUCAAAAGACUGGUACGGCUUUGCCAAUGCCUUGGCUAUGGAUAUCUCAAUACUCGUCCGGGUGUACGUUGUAGGGCAGCAAAGAGCUGGAGUGGACGCCAGAAUUGACGAGGUCGUAAAGAAGGCAAAAUCAGCCCCACCAGAGGGCACUUAUGAAGCCGCAAGGCGGGCAUGGCUGCUUCAAUUAGACGCGAAAAGGAGGGAAAAAGAGCAAAGUAAGCGAAAGGGGUGGAGCCAUUCCCCAGGUCAACAUACCAACGGGGGUGUCAUAGGACGACUCGGUGCUUCUCGACAAGACUCUAUCCCACCAAAACAUGCAGAGCAGCAGGCAAGAGCCUUGAGUCCAGAAGCGCCGAUCAAACAUCCGAGAUUCGAUCCAAGCAAUUUCAAAGACCCGGAUUAUGAAUGGACUGGAACCCCGACCAAAGUCCUCAUCAUCCAGACAGACUCAAAAGCUGUCACGUUCUGGAUGCCACAAGAACUGCUCUUUCCACCAUCGCUGUUCGUUGAGGGCCCAAGCCUGUUGCAUCCGCGAAUGUAUUUUGUUAUACGAUCAAUUGGCUGGCUUGCCUUUGCAGUCCAUAUCGUGGCAAUUGGCAUGGCAGACUUGGCUAGCCAGCUGUACACUGUUGUCCUCAUCGUAUUACCAACGCUGUUGCUGGUCCUCAAAUUCUCUUGCGACGACUCAAGAUGGGUCAGUACACUUCAAGCGUGGGCGAGGAAGUAUCUUUACAGAGGACUGGCGGGGUCAGAGCGGCAGAGUUUAGCCGAUGAGAACGCAUCGUCCUCUGAGCCAGUAACACUGCGGGAAUGCUGGAUUGGUUCACGUUUGAAAGCCGAAAUUUGCGAGUGGCCCGCAUCCUAUGAGUUCAUCGAGACAGCCCCGUCGACGUGGUCGAGUGGCCCGCCUCCCAAAGGAAGAGAACGGUCAACGAGGCGCCAAGAUCUUUAUGCGUGGCUCGCUCUCAGCAGCGCCGAAGAGGAGAGCAUGGACAAGUGGGACCUAUUUCCGCAUAUUCGUGACGAUAACACUACAUGGUGGCAGACUUACAAGAAGAAAAAGUAUUGCUUGAAGCGGAAUCCAACGUUUGGGCCACAGCUCAAAUCUGAUAAGGCGUCCACCGCAGACACAACAGACGAUGUGCCGACUUCGAUCUUCCAAACUGGUCGAACCAAGACGGUUAAUUUUGCGGUCCACACGUCGGACAUUCAUCAUCAUGUCCAAGCUCGAAAAUCCAGCACUGUCGUCUCGAAUAGCUCAGCAUUUCCUGCAAUCAGUGAUCACGAACAUCCGCAAAAUGUCCUCAACGAUACUGACGCUGCCCUUACCCAGUCGCCAACAGAUGGAAGAGGCGAGCUACCCUCUGCCAAGGCGUCUGAUACUAUCAGCACUGCCGCCUCUGACCCUCGUCCAUCUAGCACGGGUCUGAAAGAAGAUUGA